AUGACAGGAGGCCUCCUUUCCACCUUCACUACCAAGAAGGGCCAGCUCACGUCUUCUAUUUAUUCUCUGCAGCCAGAGGAUGAGACACCAUCGAAGCCCUGGUCGGCUUUAUUCAUCUCCAGACCAUUAACGCGAAAGAAAAUCAUCAAACUUGGAAUAACAGGAUUCCUGGUAAUAGCGAUCAUCGUCAUCCUCCUGCGUCACCGAGAGCCUUCUGACGACGCGAGUUAUCAUGACGAGUCGAACCGACCGAUUUACGCCAUAUACGAUUUUCCCGAUCCUGGGAUGAUCCGUGUCAAUGGCACGUGGUAUUCCUAUGCAACCAAUGCGGCCAUAAAUAAUUCUGACGUUGCGCAUGUUCCGGUCGCUAUAUCUCAGGAUCUAAAGAAUUGGACGCGGUUAGAUGGUUACGAUGCCAUGCCUACAUUGGCAGGUUGGGAAAUGGGGGUGAAUCACUGGGCUCCAGAUGUUAUUCAACGAGAUGAUGGUAAAUUCGUGCUAUAUUACUCUGGGGAAUUGAAGAACUGGAAGCGCCAUCAUUGCAUUGGUGCCGCAGUCUCAGAGAAGGAGGACCCUCUAGGACCCUACCAGCCCAUCUCGGAACCUCUUGCUUGCCCCCGGGAACAUGGCGGUGCCAUUGACCCGUCGCCGUUUCGAGACACAGACAGAAAACUGUAUGUCACGUACAAAAAUGAUGGAAAUAGCAUCGGCCACGGCGGCGACUGUAACAAUGGCAAGAAACCCAUUGUCAAAGUCUCCAUCAUGCUUCAGGAGCUACAAGAUGACGGUAUCACCCCAGUUGCGGAUCCCAUCGAGAUUCUCAGGAACGAAGAGGAAGAUGGGCCUCUGGUCGAGGCCCCCAACAUCAUCCGGACCGACCAGGGCUAUUACUACCUUUUUUACUCUUCUCAUUGCUUCACUUCUCCAAAGUAUGAUGUCAAGUAUGCCUACUCGACGUCUUUGAAGGGGCCGUAUAAGAGGGCCCCUCGCGCCUUAGUCAAGACGGGGGACUUUAACCUGAAGUCUCCGGGAGCCGCUACCGUAGCUCCUGACGGGACAUUUAUGAUAUUCCAUGCCAAUUGUGCACCGGGGAGAUGCAUGUAUGUCACGGGGAUAGAUAUAGGUGCAGACAACUUGAUCACACUUAGUGGACUCAGGUGA